AUGUCGGUGUCACUUUUUACAACACUUAUGUGGACUUUUAAACACCAGAGCUUGGUGCAAAAGGAAGGGCAUGGUGUGGAUGGAGCAUCCGUCCCAAGAAGCCCCUGGAAGCCUGGUUCGCUCCGGGAGAAAUCUAGGCAGACAGAGCGGAAAGACAGUUCUAACCAAGUCCCUGGCAACUGCCGGGUUGAAAGCUCAGUGGGGGCUCGGAGCCCUUCUGACAGCACUCCAGAAGACGACGGAAGCUUCCAGACCGUGUGGGCCACACUGUUUGAGCAUCACGUGGAGAGACACACGGUGGCUGACCAGUCCCGACACUGUCCCUCGGCCACGCCCCCCAGAGAUGUGGCCGAUGCCCGUGUGCCAGAAAUCGGACCCAGGCACGAGAGAAGCUCUUGGCUGGGGAAGGAUCUGCUGGAAAAGACAAACGUCACGAAACAGAACUCCAGAUGGGUUGAAAAUCCCCAUACAGAGAGAUGGGGACGGACCGCCCUUUCGAAUGGUGAACCCAAACAGUAUCACGUGCCCCUCCCAGAAGAACAGCCUUUGGAUGAAAAACUCAAUAAAAACCCCUUCCUCCAACGCUCUGAAAAUCCUCCCCCAUCCCAGGGGGUUGAGCCCAAGUAUGACAUUGUGCACACAGUGGGCGGGCGUGUGCACAGUGAGGCCAUCUCCACAGCGUCAGAGGAAAAAGCCAUGAGCUUGCGAAGCGGCAGGUCUCGCCUCUCACCGAAGGGGAGGCAGCAGUCCCACGAGGUCACCCCUGCUGACCUGGAGUGCAGGCUGGAAAGUCAGGCGGGGUCUGUCCAAAGUCCAGAAGCUCGAGGGACGCAUGGGCCAAAGCCUGACUUCCGAGAGCCAAAGGAUACGUUUGGGGGCAAUUGCCUGUCACCCAGAUGGACAUGGGUGACCGUGAACUGGCAUAAAGCCACCGUGGUGGCCAAUGAAGAGAAAGGCCCUGCGGCCCCCGAAGCCAGCUCUGGGAGGGCCAUCCAGGCUGCCAUCCGGGAGGCCCCGCACGAGGGGCCUGAUGGGGCCAGGAACAAGUCAGGAAUCUGCAGCUCAGUGGGGAAAAAGGGUCCCCCCUGGGGAUUCCCCCUGGACCUUCCUCCCAGGGGUAAGGAUGAGCCGUCCGGCUUCUGGGCACGGCCGCAUCCAGAAGUACUCGUGCAGAGGGGGCCCCUCGCUGUGGCUGCUGGUGAGGGUGAGCCACGGCCGGCCCAGUUGCCAGAGCCCGAGGUCAAGAUGCAGAAGGCGGGUCCCACAGACCAGAGGAUUGAGAGGUGGCCACGGUGGACGUUGCUCCAUGACGUGAAGUUUGACGAAUUCAGCUUCCUGGCCCCAGAAAACAACUGGAAGGUGGAGCAGAGAGGAACAGACCAUUGGAGCCCCACCACCAGUGCCUUAAAAAAACCUGAGCUAUUCCACCACUGGUUGGAGACCCAGGAGGUGAGCCCAGGUGCUUCCCAGGACCUGACUCGGCCAGCGGUGAAGCAGGGGUCCUCUUGGGAACCCAGGGUGACAUUUUUUGCAGUGACCUAUCAGAUUCCUGAUACUCUAAAAGCAAAGAGCAUUGGUAAGUCAGGGCCUGAAAACUUGACGGAACAUUCUAGAAAAACAGUCCUGCCUCCUUCUCCUCAUCGUCUAACAUCCACCUUGGUUUCUCUUAACCAUGAAGAGCCACUGGAGGCCAAGGGCAGUAACAGCUGGGCUGAGGGCAAAGAACGCCACAACAUCAGCUGCUCAAAACCUCCGAAGCCAACGGACCACCCAUCACCUCUUGGAGACAGGAUUCUGGAGCCUUCUAGUGAAAGAAUCAUGGAUGCUGAUGCUUUAUGGGUCCAUCAGGGCCCAGAAGAUGGCGCCGGUUUUCAGAACAAUUGGAAGGAUGGUGGGAACAGGACAUCCCCCUGCAAUGCCUCCAAAAGCCACCCGGAAGCCAGUGAUCUCCUCAUCAGAAGGGACCCUGAGGUGGUCAGUGCAAGGGUCCCAGGGAAGACCAGAGAUGGCUACAGGUCCAGCGUUCUUGACAUUGACACCCUGAUGGCGGAGUACAAGAAGCAGGAGGGUCAGGAGCUGGUGGAGGGUACGCCCGCGGCACCCAGCAGCUCGACUCAGGAGAGGCCAGGCCAGCAAGGCAGCAUGGAACCAAGAAGGAGGAGCUAGAAGGAGAGGUCUGAAGCUGAGGGUCCCCAGAAACAAGCUGGUUCUGCCGAAGCAAACCACAGUUCCACUCCCAGCUCCAGCAAGCAGCCGGCAGAGGCCCCAGGGGCAGCUGCGAACACCAAAUUCAGCCCUCCUCUGUGGGCUCUGCCACCCUCGGCUCCUAAUGAGAAAUAUCCAGGGGCCUCUUUUGUCCCCGCGGGUUCCAGAAGAAAAGUUUUGGGAAUCCCUGAAGAUGACAGAAAGGACUUGGUUAUUAACAUCCGAGUCCAAAGUACCAGAAUUCCGCAGCCCAGUCGAAAGCCCACUCCCUGGGAGGAUCUGGGCAGUGGGGCCUGUGUGUUGUCCAGAUCUUCUCCUACUGACCAGUAGAAAGGGACCCCAAGGAAAUCCACUGGGAGGGGAGAGGAGGGCAAUGUGGCCCAGUGGGGUGAUCACCCAUACGACUGUGGUAGGUCACUGCUGAAUGUCAAGAGGGCCUAUUCAAAAACUAAGGAUGUACUGUAUGGUGACUAACAUAAUAAAAAAAUAUUAUUAAAAAAAAAGAAAGAAAAAAGAGGGCCUAUUCGGAGAAGGGCCCCCCUGCCAAAAUCCAAGAAGGUCUGUCUGUCAUGUAGGAAGCCAGAGAGAGGAGGCAAGAGCAACGCAAAGGGAGGUCCAGCCUCCCCAGAGACAGUUCUGAAGCCAAGGAGACCAAAAUGGGGCCCUGCCGGCGAGAGUCGGGGACUCAAGACAGUCAAAAGACACCCAAACUGUAAAUGACGAUGCAGCCACUGUCUGACCUCAGACCCGGAAGUAGGGAGAGAAGGUGGUAGAAAGAACAGGAUGACUGACCAUUGUGCUGGGUCCUCCACCAGGAGGAAAGCUCUAAGUAUGUGUCCCUCACAUCCUUUCAUUUGCUGGAAGGACUUCAGUGACCCGUGACUGAAAAGAGUGAAAGGGCAAAGAAUCCAGGCCGUGGGGGGAUGCCUCAAGAAAUCAGCUGCUGAACCUCACUUUUAGCCUUGAGACCCCACUUCCCCGGAUUUCUACAGUUCUCUUCCCUGAAGGUGUUCCUGCUCAAGGUCCUUCAUGCAAACUGGCUAAUUCUGUGGGAUGGUCCAUCUGUCUGUGUCUGGCCUCAGGAAGGACACCAUGGGAGUGGAGGGAGAAACGUGAUGUGAGGGAGUGAGUCAAUUCGAGGGCUCCUGUGGCUCCUGGGGUGCAGCUAUGGGCCAGUCACACCUCAGUGAGGACCCUGUUUGUCUUAGUAUAUGCGAGCCAGUUGAGCAUGCUCUGGGGGGGUCCUAGAACAGACGCCUGCCCUCUCAGGCCUGGUCCAAACAGACCACCUCUGACCUCAGCCCUGGUCACCCUGCUGCCAUCACACCACACAGCACUCCUGGAAGACAGCACGAGUUUCGCAGACAGAUCUUUGUGACUUCAGUGGCCAGGGAAGGAGAAGAGUAGGUCCUGUCCUUGGAGUUGGGGAUGAGGACAUUCAUUUUCUCCAGGUCACCUGUUACUUCCAGGUGGACAAACACAGGGUUUAUUUUACAGUAUUUAUGCUCCUGGAUACAUUAGUGUUACCUGAUACGAGAGUGUCACUGCCAGUCUCCAAUCUAAGCCAAGUUCAAGGCCAAGUGUUCCCCAGGGUUCACUGUUCAUAGCCGAUAGGAAAUCUACACAGGUCAUUCUUACAGUGGAACUAAUGCUGUUGUUGCUGCUACGAGAGUCUGCUGUCAAUCCCAGAACCCCCGGUGCGCGGGCCCUGGCCUUUGAGGUCUGCAUUUGUCACAACAAGAAAUGCUCUCAGCAAGAAGUACCCACUGUUCAUACUUUGGAAUCUGGGUUUGCUUUGCUCUUUAUAGUUGUCCUGGGAUUUAUUAUGUCUUGCGACUCUCUGAUGUACCUGGGAUUCAUUGUCUUUUUUCUUCGUCCAGUUUUAUGAUUGUUCUCAGGACAAGAAUUCAUGUAAAGCAUCAUAGUGUACAAGGAACCUCCGUCUUCUCAAUUUCUCUGCCCCUAAACCAAGGGGACAUGAGGACCUUGUAUCUCACCCAU